CCUCGUGCUGCGUCUGCUAUCCUGCUCGGCCUUGGGAACACGCCAUACUCAGUGCCUGUUUGGGCUCCAUGUGCGGGGUCGGGGGCAGAGGCCAGGCCUUGGGACACACUGCCCGGGCCCUGCCCUGCCCUCUCCCACAGUGGCCACUCAGUGUGGGCAGGGACCCUGAGUCGAUGUGCAGAGAUGCUAAGACUGAGCCGCUGAAGGUGGCCAUGUGGGCAGGAUGGGGGAAUGACGUGGGUACAGCACAGCCCUGCACCUCUGACUGGGGAUCAGGUGGCAACAGAACAGUGGCAGGGAGCGAGUCCUGGCUUGUGGGGCUGGAGCCUGUGGCCAGUGAGCAGUCUGGGUGGUGAGGGCAGAGUGCGGGGGGUGGGUCAGGGAAGCUGGGGGACCAGCUGGAGGAGGCAGGCGGCUGAGGCCAGGGAGCGGCCACACGGUCUGGUUUCCUCUCCUCCCCAUGACCCCUGGCUCUGGACGGCGCCCCUCCAUUCCCCGGCACCCUGGUGGGAAUCCACCGACAUUUAUCCACAUGGAGAAUGAGGCUGGGAUGUGACCCUCAAUCACAGAUGAGCCACUAGUGCGACUGCCUAAGAAGUUUACAUCAUCUCAAGAUCUGGAACAUUUCAACUGGCUUCUGGGAUUCCGUGCUACCUGAUGUGUGGCUGAAGUAACUCAUUCCAGGCUGGGGAAUGGGGAGAAAGGGGUGCCCAGUGUCCCCUUCCUGCAGGGGAGUGGGCAGCAGGGCCAUGCUGGGGGCCGGGAGUUGGCCCUGAACAGCCCCCGACAGAGCAUGCCGUGUGAGUCGGGGUACAGCCAGGGGACAGAACCCUGGAGCAGUGAUUCGAGCAGGGAAUGUCUAACUCGUGGAAAUAUAAACUGUUGUGAGAUCGGGGUGCCCGAGGCAGAGCCUGUCCUUCAUCCUUGGGCUGAGACCCAGACCUUGUUGGGGGCACAGCCGUGGCAUACCGGGCGGCCGGGAGCUCUCUGGGCACUUGCUGGAAGUCUGCCCGCUCUGCUCACACUGGCUGCUGUCGGGCGUUUGUUGCUGGGGAAGCUGCACCCAGAGCCUGGGAGAGAAGCCUCUCCCCCUGCAGCGUCCCUCCAGCGCCCUCUGACAGAACUGGACCUGCAGCCACUGCAGAGCCCCCAGGAAGGGCGGGAGUGGGGCUGAGGCAACAGGUGGAUGGAUCACUGGCGCUGUCGCCUCCUGCGCUGAGAGUGGCACUCCUUCCUCCUGACAAGUGAGGACACGCGGCCUGAUGGCCACCGAGUCCAUGGCUGCCUUGGUUCUUACUCACGGAUUCAGCCAAGCCCUGAGGUCACCCCUGUUCUCCUGGGAGGGAGAAGGAACGGAAGGGACAGGGAGGGGAGCCUGCGUCCUGCCACGACCUGCCUCUGACAGCUCCAGGGCUGGGACUCGGUCUCAGCAUUGAUCUCAAAUGUUGUCCUAGCCUGAUGGCGCUGGAGGUUGAGAGGGACUUCUGGCUCCGGGGUGGGCAGCUCUCACGUGUGAUGUGGGACUAGGAUGGGAGGAGUGGGGGUGGGGCUGCUGUGGGAGGGACACUGCAGCAGGGCCGUGAGGAGAGCCUGGUGAGCUGACCCUGGGCCCAUCGGAGACCAAGGAGGGGCCCCCAGCUCCUGGAGUGGGGGGGGCAGGCUCAGAGCCAGGAGGCCUGGAUGUCCUCACCUGGGCUCCCUCCCACCUAAGCUGUCACUGCCCUGGCUGGCAAUGCAGCAGCUUCUACCCCCACCCCAGUGCCCAUCACUGAGUUCACUGCCGGCCCCCCACCCAGUGAUGUCAGGAGAAGAUUUGUACUUUGUGUGUGUUUGUGGUUAAGUAUACAUGACAUAAAUUUACCUUUUUUUUUUUUUUUUUUGCCGUACGCGGGCCUCUCACUGCUGUGGCCUCUCCCGUUGCGGAGCACAGGCUCCGGACGUGCAGCCUCAGCGGCCAUGGCUCACGGGCCCAGCUGCUCCGCGGCACAUGGGAUCUUCCUGGACUGGGGCACGAACCCGUGUCCCCUGCAUCGGCUGGCAGACUCUCAACCACUGCGCCACCAGGGAAGCCCAAAUUUACCAUUUUUAAUCGCAGGGCUCAGCGGCAUUAAGCAUUCACACUGUCAUGUAACCGUCACCAGAACUUCCUCAUCUUCCCAAACUGACACUCUGUCCUCAACAAACACUGACUCCCAUCCCCCUCCCCAGCCCCUGGCACCCACCCUCCUUCUUUUUGUCUCUAUGACCUUGGCUCUUCUAAGCCCCUCAUGGAAGUAGCAUCAUAUGUUUUCUUUUUGUGUCUGGCUUUUUUUCACUCAACAUAAUGUCCUCAAGGUUCAUCCACAUUGUAACAUGUGUCAGGAUUUCCUUCCUUUUUAAGGCUGAAUAAUGUUCCUUUGUGUGGAUGGACUACGUUUUGCGUCGGCGUCCAUCCUGUCAGUGGACACCUGUACUGUUCCCGCUUCUCGGCUGCUGUGGACAUUAGUGUACAAGUACCUGUCCCAGCCCUCCUUUCAGUCCUUUUGGGUAUAUACCCAGAAUCAGAAAAUCCUGGAUCACACGGAACCGCCAAGUUGAUUUCCUCGUGUGUCUUCUGAUGGCUGUGCCAGAGGCUCCCUGCAGCGUUGGUCCGUGUCCUCAUGUUGGGUGGUGGAGUGGGUCUUUGUGGCGCUUCGUCGUCAUGCAUCAUUGAGACUAGGUCCUCUCCCCACAGCCGGAAAGGCCAAGACCCAGGGCCGCCGUCCACUUGGACACCGCUGCCCACAAAGCCUGUCCGGGGCCUGGGACCCACACAGUCCCCUGCUCCGGCACCUUCGACAUCACACCUGUUUUCACCUGUGUUUGUGAGCUAAGGUCACCCGUGUCAGUAAUGCUCCAGGGUCAGCUGAUUGCAGAGGACUCUUCCAUCUGGGUCUGUGGCCAUCCCUGCCGUGUGUAAGCAUUGAUCUACACAGAUCACCUCUGCCCUGAAGGACAGAGUGGGACAUCCUCACUCUGAUCCUGUGGGCGGUGCCGCUCCUGGCUUUGUCCUUUCCAGUCUCACGGGAACCUGUUUUCUGGCCUCCCUAGAAUUAGUUCCUGAAAGAUGAGGCCAGCCCUGCCAGCCCCACCGUGCCUGUGGGGUUCUUGAAGCCUCUCUCCCCUCCUUGGGCUGCAGCCGAUUUAGAGCGUGUGUCCUGUGGGCUAUUCAGCCAAGUGCCCUCGUGGGUGUGGGAAGGGAGGGGAGACAGCCCAGUGUGGCCGGGAGUACAUGUGAACUGCCUCUGCAGAGCAGCUCCAGGCCUGAUGUUGGGCUGGGCCGUGACUGUCAUGGACCCCUCAUCUGCACCCCACCCCCAUGUCACCAGCCCACUGCCCUCCAUAUUGGGGCGCCCAUCCCUCCAGACGUGGCAGCCCUCCCCCAUCAUAUCCCACUGCCAUGUCCCCCCAGACACUGCCCAGCAUGAUCCUCCAGGCGCCCUUGGGUUUGACCUGCCUUCCAGGCUGCAUACCUGCCCACCCACAGGUGCUGCGCCCUCCUGGGGUCGCCCCUGGGGGGUCCCGGCCUCUGCACCGCACCCCCCAUCACACCUGAGGUUGCCCAGCACUUGGAACCUCCAUAUUUUGCCGACACGAUGAAAGUUCCAAAUCAGGGGACCCCGAGUUCAUGGAAUGGGGAUGUCCUGGGUGGGCCUGACCUCAUCGGGGUGGCCUGCAGAGGGACCAGCCCCUCCUCAGGGAGUAAGCUGCUGCCCUUGGAGGGGCCCGUGGCCAGAGCUUGAGGGCAGCCUCCAGGAGGCGAGUGACCUCGGCGGCGCACGGCAGGCGAGACCAGGGCCCCCAGUCACAUGGCUUCAAGAAACUGACCCCUGCAACAGCGGAGACGCCGCCGACCAGCACCUGUGUCACCCCGGGGCUGAGCACCUGGCCGAGAUGAUGGGUGGGCGUUGCUUUAAGCUGCCGCAUUUGUGUAGAUGUUUGGCUGCAUAGAAGACCAGCAUACUCCCGUCAGUAUGGUGCUGUCAUGGCUGUCACGUCACCACCCUCUUUGUCAAAAUGUCAUUUAGACCCACAGGUUGAUGCUUUUACUGGCUCCACCUGGAGUGACUGCUGGGUCAGCUGUUGCCCUUUGGGGUGGCUUCCAUGGAGGUCAUCACUACUGGACACUUCACUGGACCCUGGCCUGUGCACCCAUCACUGCUGCCAAACUCCCCCCGGCGGUGUGCAGACCCCUCCCGACUGUGCCCAGACCCACCCCUCAAAUGGUGACAGACCCUUUCCAUGACUGUGCCCAGUGGGACUCGGAAGUGAGGAGUGAGGGGCUUCCUCUCGCUUGGAGCCUCCACGUGGUACCAUCAUGCCCACCAGCAGUUCGGCUAAACAGUGACUCUGAUGAAAGCAACCCAGCGCUUCAGGCUCCUAGCGAUUAGCAAACAUCUCGCUUCUUGUCUACAAAUGGGCAGUUGGAGUAAGAGGACAGAGGCACUGCUCUUUCGCUUUGUUCUUUUCCCUAAGUUUUCCUUUCUGGAGUCUUCACAAGAAUGGGAACCAGAAGCCACGGCACCGGCCUGGUUCGGGCUCAGCCUCCUGUCCCCUGCGACUGCAGGGGUCAGGCGAGCGGGCAGGCUCAUCCUGGCCGCCAACAGGGACGAGUUCUACCACCGGCCUUCCAGGGCUGCAGACUUCUGGGGGAACAACAACGAGGUCCUCAGCGGGCUGGACAUGGAGGAAGGCAAGGAAGGCGGCACGUGGCUGGGCAUCAACACGCGGGGCAAGCUGGCGGCACUUACCAACUACCUGCAGCCACGGCUGGACCGGGACGCCCGGGGCCGAGGUGAACUCGUGGCUCAGUUUCUGACCUCAGACAUGGAUAGCUUGUCCUACCUGAAGAAGGUCUCCGCAGAGGGCCACCUGUACAACGGCUUCAACCUCAUAGCGGCCGACCUAAGCACAGAGAAGGGAGAUGUCAUUUGCUACUAUGGAAACCGGGGGGAGCGUGAGCCUGUUGCCCUGGCACCAGGGACCUACGGGCUAAGCAACGCGCUGCUGGAGACGCCCUGGAGGAAGCUGUGCUUCGGAAAGCGGCUCUUCCUGGAGGCCGUGGAGCGGGCCCAGGCGCUCCCCAAGGACGCCCUGGCCGCCCAGCUUCUGGACGUGCUCAACAACGAAGAGGCGCAGCUGCCAGACCCAGCCAUUGAGGACCAGGGCAGGGAGUACGUGCAGCCCAUACUUAGCAAGUACGCAGCUGUGUGUGUGCGCUGCCCGGACUACGGCACCAGAACCAACACGGUCAUCCUUGUGGAUGCAGAUGGGCACGUGACCUUCACAGAGCGAAGCAUGCUGGGCACGGACCCCUCUUGCUGGGAGACCAGCACCCACGAGUUCAGGCUGCAGAGCUAACCCCCACCCGGGUGUGGCCGGGGCUCCCGGGAGGCCCUGUCACAGGUACUGCCUGUGACUCGGCCAGCGUCCCCCAGGGCCAGAGCCCUCUGAUGUCUGUGAACUGUUUGCAUCCCCAUGUCAAGCUCGGGGUCCAGCCUUAUGACAGAGGCCCAUGGCCAGGUGUACGGCAGGCCCAGGUGUGCUGUGCCUCCCCCGGCCCAUGCACAGAAGCUCACACAAGGCACACGUGACACCCAUCAUGCAUGCGCGCACACGUUACAGGCAGUAGACGUGUACACACGUGCUCAGACACACACACGCUCCAGGCAUGCACCCCCCAUGCGAGCCAGACACGCAGAGCUGUGCCUCUCAACACCCACACGUGCUUCUGGCCAGUGAGUCUUGCUGUGAUCCCAACAACAAGAGUGGAUGUCUGUUUCAAAGCGGCCCCUCCUCUCCUGGGCGUAGCCAGUUCCUGACCACCAGCCCUGCUCUUGGAGAGGACACAGGCCACAUUUGAAUGAGGAAAACCUCCUCCAUAGCAGAGGCACAGGCCGCUGGGUGGGUCCGGUGGUUCUGUGGGUGCCGAGGGGUCCUGUGCACGGAGCUAUCCUGUGAGGGAGCAUCCAUAUGCAAUGGGCCGCCUCAGCAGGCUCUCAGGCCUCCACCUGUGCAGGGGGAUCAUGGGUUCCGGGCAGGCCCAUCUCAGGGAGGGGACACAGUUGCCCCUGCCAUUUCCCUUCUCCUAGGGAGUUAAACUUCAUAAUAAGACUCUGUACUUAAAUGUGAGACGCUGAUAAUAAAACUCUGAGGCCGUGGUGAGCCAGUGCAUUCCAGGCCCUUGACUCUGUGACAGGAUGACCAGAGCUGCUGUCCGGGAGCCCCCAGGAGCUCCUGGGGCCCAGACCCCGGUGCAGGGCUCUUCCACAUUUCCCUUUUGCUCAUGGCCUCCUGAGCACUGUGACGGAAGCCAGGAGUUCAUCCGGGUGCAGGUGGGAGCCCCGGGGAGCCGUGCACACGGGCUGGACCGUGGAGGCCAGGGGAUGGCAGGAAGGGCUGGGCUUCAGGUAACAGAGCAGGUGGAGUCUGUCCUACCCCAGGGCCCUUGUUUUGGGCAAGCACCUGGAGCUCCUGUCCCCAGCUGGGGCCGGGCAUUCGGGGGUCCUGUGUCCAAUGCUGACACUCAGGCUUCCCUCCGCCUCGGCGGUCGACCCAACUUGGUCUUCUCAGUGCAGUGACAGAUCGGGUGGGCUGUAGACCUUGAUUGGGCCCAACCUGCCUCUCCAUCCCUUCUCCCUUCCUGCUCACCACCCCACAGCCAGGCAUGAAGGGGCUCCCAGUAUGAUGCAGCUUGUGCCCCCCACCCACGUGUCCAGCUGAGCCAUGGCUAGCCAGGCUCCCAGCCCCGGCACUGCCAACACCCUCUGUCUGCUUUAGCAGGCCACCCCGCACCAUGGAAUGGACCAGGUCCCCACACCAGCGCCUGUCCUGGCCAGGCAGGUCUGCCCUCGUGGGGCGCCGCUGAACUGGGUACAAAGCCAUCUGAAGAGCCUUUCAGAUGUUUGCCGCUGCCCCAGGGACGGGCCUGCACAGGAAAAGCUUCCCCACACUUGUCAUGGUCCCCUCUGCCCCUGCCUGCCCUGGGCUCCCUGGCAGCUUGGAGCCCCUGAGGAAGGGGCAGCCCAAGACUUGUUUCUAUUGUUAUGGGCUGAGUUGUGUGCCCUCCAAAAGAUAUGUUGGACCCCAGCAACCAAUACCUCAGAAUGUGAUCUUGUUAGGGUCUUUCCACAGGUAAUCAAUCAAAUGGGAUCGUUAGGGUGGCCCUAAUCCAAUAUGAGUGGUGUCCUUAUAAAAAGGGGGAAACGUGGACACAGGGACAGACAGGCACCCAGGCAGACGUCUGUGAAGACUGGAGCUGGGCUGCCUCACGCCAAGGAACCCCAGAAGCUGGGAGAGAGGCCGGGACACGUCCUCCCCUGGAGCCCUCAGAGGGAGCAGGGCCCUGUGACACCCUGCUCUCAGACGUCCAGCCUCCAGAACUGUGAGAAUAAAUUUCUGUUGUUUAAGCCCCUCA